UCUCUUCUAUUUUUCUUUCUCUUUUUUUUUAUCUCUCCACACCUGAAGCCCAACACCAGUACAGACACGCUGCAGUCCAUCACGUCUGGAGACUGGGACGUCACCCAGGUCCUGGCCUACAACGAGGACAGUCAGCUGAUAUACUUCUUGAGCACCGAAGAUGGUCCGAAGAGAAGGCAUCUGUACAGCGCGGACACGUUUGGUUCGUUCAACCGCCGCUGUCUGUCCUGCGCCUUGUCCGACAGCUGUGGAUACAUCAGCGGCUCCUUCAGCCACAACAUGAGCUAUUUCCUGCUCAAGUGCCAAGGGCCGAAUAUCCCAUUUGUGGCCAUUUACAAGACGCAGAGAGACGCGGAAAGCGAGUCGCAAGACACGGAAAGUAUUGCAGAGGUGUAUAAGCUGGAGAGCAACGAGAACCUGCAGCAGACUCUGGACUCCAUGCAGAUGCCCACAGUGGAGUACAAGGAGAUCAACAUGGACGACUACACCUUGUCCCUGCAAAUCCUGAAACCCGCCGGCUUCGCGGACUCGGCCCACUACCCGCUGCUCCUGCUUGUCGACGGGACACCUGGUGGCCAGAUGGUGUCGGAGAAGUUCCACAUGGACUGGGCCACGGUUCUUGUGAGCAGCUUCGGCGCCAUCGUGGUGCGCUGCGACGGGCGAGGCAGCGGCUUCCAGGGCACCAACCUGCUGCACCGCAUCCAGAAGAGGCUGGGAGUGUACGAGGAGCAGGACCAGAAGGAGGCGCUCAACUUUAUUCUAAAAGAGCCAUAUGUUGACAAAACCAGAGUUGGAGCUUUUGGGAAGGUGUACGGAGGCUAUGUGACCAGCCUGUUGGUCAGCGGCGAGGAGUCUCCCGUAAAAUGCGGCGCCGUCCUCUCGCCCAUCACUGAUUUCGAAUUAUACGCAUCUGCUUUUUCUGAGAGAUACCUCGGACUGCCCAAGCCUGAUCCAAGGGCAUACACAACGGCAAAUUUAGCGCACAGAGCAUCUCAAUUCAUGGACAAGAAGUUUCUUAUUAUCCAUCCGACAGCUGACGAAAAAGUCCAUUUCCAGCAUACAGCCAAAUUUAUCGCCCAGCUCAUCAGUGAAAAGGCCAACUACACCUUACAG